AUGAAGACCGACCUGGAGCUCGCACUGGAGUGCGCCAUCAACAUCUACCACCACUACGCCAUCCGGAACCCAAUGGAUGAUUACCUGAGCCGGAAUGAGUUUGCCAUGCUGCUGAAGGAGAACGCCAAGCCCUUCCUCGCCGACACCGUGCCGCCCAACACGACUGUUGAUGAGUACAUCAAGCAGCUCUUUGCCAAAUCUGACAGCAACCACAACGGCCGCUUGAAGUUCACCGAGUUCCUCACCACGCUCAGCCUCGUGGCCAUCGAUGCCCACAACCGGUCCCACAAGAAGCCUGGAGAGCAUGGCCAUGACCAUGGACAUGGCCACAGCCACAGCCAUGGCCAUGGUCCCCACCAUUAAGGCCGUUCCUGCAGAGCUGUGCUCCUCCAGCAGCAGCAUCUCCCCCGUCUGCCCAUGAGCACACAACCAAGGCUGCUCUCUCUGCUUCUGCCUAUGACACUGAAAUAAACUGUUUAUC